GGCAGAGGCCAGCAACGAAGUUUCCAGAUAAGAUGAGAGAUGUUGGCUAGAGGUGGCUGGAAGGUGCUGGGCCGAGUAGUGUGCGAGUGUCCCAGAGCGAGGCCGGGGUGGUUCCUGACCCACGAGAGGCUCUUCCCCGCCGCUACAGGUGCACUUCAUGUCCGUCGCUGGCGAGCGCUGUUGUAGCACUCCUGGCUUGAGUGGCCGCCCGGCUUGUGUCUGCAGCCCCCUCGCACCGGCCCUGCAGCGGUGCCGGAGGACAGGGAGAACAACGCACCAUUGCCUACCUGAGCUGGCCUCGGCUCUAGCGAUACCUCACAGAGUGUAACUACCCUCCAGAGAGCUGCCCCAGAGGAUGGAAGAGAAAAUAAGUGAUUUGAAGACGUUCUGGACAAAGCUGGGAGGCAGAAGAGUGGACCUCAUAUUUGACCAGGUGCAAAAUGUGCUGCUGUUCCUAAAGCAAAAGAUCAAGAAUGGAACUGCCACAGACCAAGAAUGCUGGCAGGCCUGGGCACUGGUGAAUGAAGCUAAUCUAGGUGAUCUCUUAAAUGUAAGUGAUAUGUUCGAUGGAGAUGACAUCCAGGAAACCAAAUCCAAGUUACAGCAUCUUACAGAUGACAACGCUGCAAACUCUGAAGCUUCUGACAGUGAAAAGGAGGAGAUGGCAAAAACAGGUUCAAGGAAUAAGGAAGAGUCUAGGAAAAUUCAAGAUUCACCUUUAAACCUGACGUAUCAGAACCACCAGUGCUCUAGUGCUUGCCUUGCCAACAGAGCAGUGGGCUCCUUCAAGGGUGAAAAUCCUCUUAAUAUACCAAUCCUGUUCCACUUUGAAAGACGCCAUGCAAAAGCAGACUGCCUUUCUAAGUCGCUGGAUGUGACCUAUAAAGCUCCUUGUGGCCGAAGUCUGAGGAGCUUUCAAGAUGUGCAGAAUUACUUGUUUGAAACAGAGUGCAAUUUUCUGUUUGUCGAUCACUUCUCUUUCAACACCUAUGUGCUGUUGAGCAGGAACAUCAUCAGUCCCAAACCCCUUGUGUUUGAUGUUGAUAUUAGCAACGGGGCUGAGAUUGUGCCUAUUUCCUUCUCUAAUGAUCUUGACUGUGCAAGAUUACCUUAUUUCAAAUACCGAAGGGCGUCGUGGCCACGUGGAUAUUACCUCAACAAUUUCUCCAGCACGUUUGUUGAUUCAUGUGACUGCACAGAUGGCUGCAUUGACAGGUCAAAAUGUGCGUGCCUGCAGCUAACUGCAAGAGGCCAUAGUAAAAUUUCUCCACUUCCAAGUAGUAAAACAUCCCACGGAUACAGUUAUAAAAGACUGGAGAGACCUGUGCCUAGUGGAAUUUAUGAAUGCAGUGUGUUGUGCAGCUGUGACAAGCUGAUGUGCCAGAACAGAGUGGUGCAGCAUGGCAUUCAAGUCAGGUUGCAAGUAUUCAACACGGAGAAGAAAGGCUGGGGUGUCCGAUGCCUAGAUGAUAUCGACAAGGGGACGUUUGUUUGUACUUACUCAGGUAACAUAAGAUUAAUGAGCAAAGCUGAAAUUCAAGUGCUGGGAGAUCCUGGUCAAAAGCUGAAAGAGAAGCGUGUUGUGAAUGACAGAGGCCAUGGCUAUUCUUCCAAAAGAAGGAAAUUUGACACUGAUCUUUCAGACUCUCUAACUGAACUAGUGCAGAGUGGCAAAAGUGACAUUCUUGAGGAGGAGGAAUCUGUGUUUCAAAUAGUGGAUAACAAAAAUAAAUCAAUUCUAAUUCAUCCGAGAAAUUUAACUAUCACAACCACAAGAAGGUCUGGAACUUUUUGUGACCACCAGCUAAAAAGGGAAAUUGAUGCACUGGUGCACAGUGCCAGCUCAGAUGAAGAUAAUAGUUCUCAGAUUCAUCAAUCAAGCAAAGCAAAACUAACCAGUGGAACAAAGAAAGGAAAAGAAAAAUCUGCUCAGCAGCAGAAGGAAGAACGUCUGAUGGGAACUGGAAGAACUGAGUCUGCUAAUGUGGACAAAGCAGAAUGCAAAAGAAAGAGCCUGUCUCUGCAUAGUGUUGAUUGUGGCGAAUCAGGCAUGCUGGAUGACACAGGUGUUGUGAAGCCAUCCAAACAUGUACCACUAAAAACUGACUGCAAAGAGGAAAACCACAGGCAGUCAAAACACAGGACAAUUUGUGAGGAGUCUGGUAAGGACAGGAUGUCUCAGGAGAAAGCUAACAUGGAAAAUGGUUAUGUACUGGAUGCCACAAAAGAAGGAAACGUGGGUCGUUUUCUUAAUCACAGCUGUUGCCCGAAUCUCUUCGCACAGAGCGUCUUUGUAGAGACUCACGACAGAAGUUUCCCAUGGGUGGCAUUCUUCACAAACAGGCACGUGAAAGCUGGAACCGAACUCACGUGGGAUUAUGGUUAUGAAGCUGGAAGCAUGCCAGGGACAGAGAUUGCCUGCCAUUGUGGAGUUCAGAAGUGUAGGAAAAAAACGUUGUAGGCAGAGCUUUCCUACCAUCAACGUGUCAUGGCACACGGAGAGAAUUCAUACGCAGGAUUGACAUGAGUGAUACCAGAGCACUAGUUAAUUGAUGUUUCCUGUGUCCUGCCAUAGUGCUGAGUUAACUCAGUCUUCUGAAAACCAUUAUGAAUGCAAGUCUGCCUGUUUCGGGGCCUAGCAAGUAUUAAAAUACACCUAAGCCUGAUAGAUCCAGUGGGACAGGUCAUCUUGAAAAGAGGUGAGAUUAACUGGAACACCGUUGCAGAGCUGUGUUCAUGCUGUAGAGUAAGCCAUGCAAGUCCCACUGCUGCGGGAGAGGAAUGACUGGAAUUUUGGGUUGCAUUCCUCAUCAUGUUUGUGAUGCAAAAAGAAGUCCCUGAGAAAUUGUGUGCCUCAGUUUAGUGCCAUAUGGUACAGUGUGGGACUAGUGGACCACAGAAGUCCUUGCCACGUGAUUUGGUAGGAGACAAGCUACAUUAGGUGACACAAAAUCUCAGAAGCAUUCAGGCUGGAAAAGACCCUUAGGAGCACAAGUGUAGCAGGUGGCUCUGAAAUGGAGCAAGGGAUGGGUGUUCAGGUGUGCAGCUUUUGAAUAUGUUGGAGCCUUGUGCAAAGAAGGUCAUGUUGCAGACAGGCAAUUUAGACUGCUUGAAGAGCUACUACCACAAAAUAGCGAAAGUGGGUUUCUGGAAGUAAGAUGUUGUCAAAGUGAGACUUGAAUGGUUCACUGUUACUGCAGAGGAUACAAGAGAAUGGUAGAGUUGUUUAGGCUGGAAAAGACCUUUAUGGUCAUUGAGUCCAACCAUUAACCUAAUACUACCAUGUCUGCUGCCAAACCAUAUCUCUGAUCACCUUGUCUUUUAAAUUCCACUAGGGAUUAAUUAGCCACUUCCCUGCAAUAAUGAUUCAAGGUUGAGCAAUACAAAAUCCAGUGCACUACAAUACAAAG